GGCAGUAUUGGCUAACGUGGAAUAUCAUCAAAAAUAUAAAAAAGGAAAGCUAUGAGAAUCCUAUCAAAAUCAAGGAAAUUACGCAAAAAUAUAUAAACUGGACAAAUUCAAUCGCAUAAAGGCGGCCACGAGCAUCGAGGAAAUAGCUGCAAUGGAACCGUCAGCCUGCGAAGAUCUCAAGGCCUUUGAAAGACGCCUCACCGAAGUGGUUUCAUCGUACAGGCCCUCGACGUUCCGCUGGCGCAAACUUCUUGCAGUUGUCCUCUCCGCCAUGUCCAUGUGCACGGCCAUUAGUGCCUGGUACUGGCUACGCGAUCCCCGAACCACCGUCGUACCGCUCACAGAGUCCCUUUGGAUCCACCCAAUCUUCACAGUCGCCACCCUGACAUUGAUCGUCCUCUUCAUCCUUGGAAUACAAAAACUAGUCAUAGCGCCGCAGAUCAUCACGUCCCGAACGCGAACGGUGCUGGGAGACUUCAAUAUGAGCUGUGACGAUACGGGGAAGCUGAUUCUAAAGCCGCGCCAGAGUAACAACAACAGCACAUGAGCAGCGACUCGCUUCCAGGACAUUUAAUUAGUUAAUGAUUACUUUCUUCCCCUCUUUCAACCUCUAUAUGUUGAUUCGGACACCCUCGCUUUGUAAGCGAAUUUUUAACUUGCCCCUUUCAUACUUCUUUCACCUUUGUUUAAUUAUAGAAGAUCCAUUGUACAAAAAACAAAAAACGGAAAAAUCAAUUGUUAAGCUUUAUGUGUUUCGUUAUGGCGUUACCCAUCGCUGCCAAAUACAAAAAAGUAACAUUUCAAUAUCAA